AUGGAAAGAGUCUACCACCAGGCGUACUUGACUCGUUCCUUACACUUGAUCGCCUGCAGGGUUACUAUUUUGGUCUUUCUUUCCUUGUAUUUUUCACCAUUAUUUCUAUUCAUACCGAAAUACGCAUACCUCUCUUUAUUCAUUUGGUUAAGCGGACCUUUUAUUCACGGCGAUAUCUCCCUAGACAGAGGCUGCAUUUAUUUAACGCAGAAUCAAAACUCUGUAAAAUUAAAUUUGGAAUACGAGAGACCAGGGACGAAUCGAAUUAAAAUAAAUCAAAUAAAGAUGUCACAAUUAGACCUAGAUCCUCAAUUUACACAAGGUUUACAUCUUCUACAUUCCACUAAUAAAGAUUCUGCAGAACAGCUGCGAGCACUCCUAGAUGAAGCAAUUAAACAAAAAUAUGGGCCAUCAAAGAUGUUAUCAAAUGUAUUACACAAAAAGUAUAUGAUGGAGGAACCUGUACUAAGUGACCAUAGUAGCAGCAGUAGUAGUAAAAAAAGCAAAAGCUCCUCUUCUUCUUCUUCCAAACAUUCAAGUAAAUCAAGUAAAAACAGUUCUCCUGUAAAUUUACCAACUCGUGACACACCACCUGAUAUUAUUCAGACUGAUAACACUCUGGCACUGGAAAUAUUAGAAGAUGAUUUGACUUGUGUUAUUUGCAAAGGAAUGGAUGUUGGAGCAAGAAACAGAUUAGUUGAGUGUUCAGAGUGCCAUUCCUUGUAUCAUCAAGAGUGUCAUGUUCCGCAUAUUUUAGACUCUCAGAUAGAUGUUCCAGGACUGGUGUGGUAUUGUUCGAACUGUUCCAAGUCUCAGGUGGUGGAAACAAAAUAACACCAAAUAUUCAUAUUAUAAGUGCAGAUAGAAGAUUAAAGGAUAUGAUGAAAAAAGCUAAGCAAGAUAAACGAAGCGCAAAUACUACUCAGAGUUCAAAGAAUUCUUCGUCAAGUUCACCAGCGAUGUCUUCAACGAAAUCUCAGGAAAAAUCACUACUGUACAAAAUGAAGUCAGGCGUGGAAUGAAACUCCGCUCACACGAAUAUUGUGAUAAUAUUUUAUAAUAUAAAAGAACAAAUUUUAUAAUUUCGACAUUGUGAGUUGAACGAAAUAAUCACAAUCGAUGUGUUAGUAUAUAACAAAAUCAAUAUUGCCAAAGAAUGAUCUUUAACUAGAUAAUAUUAAUUUUAUACACAACAGCCGUUUCCAAUUUUGUGCCGAAAACCGAAGGUUUUUACUUUUUAUAUUGUUUUAUAUUUUCAUUGUAUAAUUUUCUUUUUUUAACAUGAUUUAUUGCGGGGCAUAACGAUGCGAUGAUAAAUUUGAUACUGCAAUGUUUAAAAAAUAUAUAUAUAAUUUUUGUACAAAUGUACAUUACCAUUUAAAUAUCCAAGUAUAUGAAUGUGUAGUUGAAUUUCUGUAAAACAUUAAGGAUCUUA